AUGCAAGAUGAGAAGAAUCUUGCCAGUAUACCAAUUAUUGAAAACUCAUGUUCAGUGGGGAACACAAUUGUCAAGGACAGACCAAGUUCAAAUGAAAUAACUAUGGAUGAGGAUACACUACUCGAAAUGUCGGAUAACUCAGAUGAUACUUAUGUUCCUACGGAGAACUACCGAGAUGACGGUCAAAACGAAGAGUUUAAUUCAUGUGGUAGUGCUUGUCCUCCAACAUGCUCCCAAACUGAACCACAGGCUUUCAUUCAAGUUUGCAGAAAGGUUUGCUUCUGUAAAUCAGGAUACUACAGACACGAAUAUACCCACAAUUGUGUAAAGCGGGAUCAAUGUUCUGAGACGGAGGACUACCAAGUCUGCGGCGAAAACGAAGAGUUUAAUUCAUGCGGUAGUGCUUGUCCUCCAACGUGCUCCCAACCUGAACCUGAGGAUUGCAUUCAAGUUUGUAGAGAGGGCUGCUUCUGCAAACCAGGAUACUACACAGACGAUUGUUAUUAUUAUUAUAUCAACAUGUGUGAAAUAUGGGAUCAAUAUUCUGAGAAUUGCUGCCCCGAGAAUGAAGUCUGUAAUAUGUGUAAUGCAGGCUGUCAGCCAUCAUGCAGCAACACUGACCCGUUUGGUACGAACUUAUGCGUGGCUGGGUGCGUCUGCACUCCGGGUCUACAGCGCAACGAUUACGGUGAAUGUGUCAGAGUUGAUAAGUGCUUUGAGAAUGGGUCCCAGAAUAGUUUUCUGUACAACCUUUGCGGACUUCUGUAUGUAGAGAGUAUGAAGUAG